AUGUCGGGCGGUCGAGCUGCGUUCUUGAAGCUGCCGACGGGCGCACCUCCCUCUCGAAGCCGCACACCCUCCCCCGUUCGCCCCGACCGACGCGGCCGCCUGCGCAAAGGGACUCGAUUGGGGGACGCCUACGAGACCGAUCCGUUCUCGCCCAUCCGCCCUUUCGAAUCUUUCACCUCGUCCUUUGCCGUUCAAGAGUACAUCACCGCUCUCGUCCGCCGCGACAGUCACGACGUCGACUCUAUCAUCACGAUUCCCACCGGUUUCGACGACGGCGAGGACACUCCAAUUGAGCUGGUCGACGAGGACGUGUGGGUGAUGGAGCACCUGCGCCGCAUCACGCUCGACCAGCACAUCUGGAUUGCGGCACCCACGGGCGUCUGCACGCGCUCGACAUGUCCAUCGAUGACAGCAGGUCCAGACUGGCUUUACGUGUGCGCCGCACACUAUGCUCCGCCUGAUCCGCCAUGCUGCGCCAUCGACUACAUCACGCAUGCGAGCGACGGCGCGCAGGCGUUGCUGUGCUCGUCAAAGUACUUCCCGAGCAGGAUGAGCGUGAGCGAGGGGAGUCGGAGGCUGCUGGAUGCGGUCGCGAGGCGGUUGUACAGGAGUGUCGCCCACGCGUUCUUCCACCACCGGCCGCUCUUCGUCCAGCUCGAAGCGGAGACCUCGCUCGUCAGGCGUUUCACCGAGCUGAGCCGGCGUUUCAAGCUUAUGGACGAGGCAAGCAUGGUCAUACCGGAGUUUGGCGAGCUGGAGGAGGAGGAGAUAGACUUGGAGGACGAGGGAAAUGUGGCGCAUGGGGAGGCGAGCGAGAUCCGGCUGGUGGGCGAUGGGGAGUAG